CAUGUUGAGCAGACUGAGGUGGUAGAAUUGCUCCAUCUUCGACUGGAUUUCCCUCUUACUGCACAGGAACGUAAUGCAGGUCCAGGAUACCCGCAGCUCGCUUAUGUUCCUAAAAGCCCCUUUUCGCUUGCAGAAGCAUGAUAUAUCCCACGAGUCAGAACCGUGGUCCUCCAACCUCGUUCCCUGCCUAAUGUCGAUGAGGAUUCGGAGUCGCGGACUUACAUGGGACGUUAUAUUGACACUCUCCACUGACCCAACACCGCCUUGACGUCUGGAGCAUUACAAACCUUCUUCUUCGACUGAGCCUCUCUGUGGUUGGCACCAUCAGACAUCAUGUUGACGUUCCUGUUCCCGCUCGCUGCGUUGGCGGGUGCCGUCACAGCCAAGUCCUCGUCGACGGCUGAGAACGUUUCUGCAUGUUGUAGCAAGCUUAGCGAGACCUACCCGGACCAACUCGUCUACGCUGGCGAGGAAAGGUUCAAAGACUGGAACGACCGCUGGGCUGCUUCGGCCGAGCUCCCUGCGUCCUGCAUCUUCCGCCCCCUUACCGCGGAUGACGUCUCCUUGGCGAUCAAGAUCAUAGCCAAGGGCGCCGGUCAGGGAUGCCAUGACUUUUGUCCAUUCUCCAUCAAGUGUGGUGGCCACACGCCUUGGCCUGGUGCAAACAACGUGGACAGCGGUGUUGCCAUUGACCUGGGCUACAUGAACCAGACCGUCGUUGCGGACGAUAAGACCUCAGUCACCAUCGGUGGCGGCACUCGAUGGCACGACGCCUACGAAAGUACGGAUGGUGACGGUAUUGCGUUUCUUGGUGGCCGGUGCCCAAGCACGGGCGUUGGUGGCUUGACCACUGGUGGUGGUUACUCCUGGUUUUCGGGGGAACAUGGCUUUGUCUCUGACACUGUCAUCAACUUUGAGGUCGUCCUGGGGUCGGGCAAGGUUGUCAAUGCCAACAAGGACACCAACGCGGACCUCUUCAAAGCUCUCAAGGGCGGCAGCAACAACUUUGGCGUCGUCACCCAUAUAGAGAUCGCUGCGUUUCCGCACAGCCAGCAAGUAUACGGCGGACUCGUCAUUGUCCCCGAGAGCAGCAGUGACAAUGUUCUGGCCGAGUUCCAGCAUUUCACCAACGACUCGACUGGAUUCGCUGCCAAUGCUGGCCUGACGGUCGAGUACUUCCUCCCGGCCGAGGGAGAAGGCCAGAUACUCCUCUGGUUGAUCGACACGGAUGCCGAGGACGAUCACGCUACCCUCCAGACGUUCUUUGACAUGGAGCCAAAGAUUGUCAAUCAGGUGUAUCAGACAUCGAUCGCGGACUAUCCGACCUCCAUCCCUCCCGUCACCCAGGUUCUGAUGGCUGAUGUGACCUUUGAGAACGACCUUGAUGUCAUCAAGGCUGCAUUCGACAUCACCAUGGAAGUCCGCAAGACUUUAUCUCACGUUCCGAAUCUCGUCUGGGACUUUCAGUUUGAGCCCCUGCCACGCCACUUUCUCAAAGCCAGCCAGGCUGCUGGCGGCAAUGUCAUGGGCCUCGACGAUGUCGACAAGGACCUUCUCAUCCUCUUUUUGAUGCCUCUUUGGGAGGAUCCCGAGUAUGAUAGCGACGUUCGGGAUGCAGCUGAGCUGUGGUUCCACAAGAUCCAGGAGUAUACCCAAUCUGUGGGAAAGGCACAUCCCUUUGAGUUCGCCAACUACGCUGCCUCGUUCCAAGACCCGAUGGGUAGCUAUGGUGCCGAGAACUUGCAGUUCCUCAAGGACGUCAGCCACAGGUACGACCCUGGGCAGCUCUUCCAGAGGGCUGUCGAGGGCUAUAAGCUGUAAAGGUCUUUCUCUGACGAAGCUUUGAGGAGAAAAUGCCGCAACAGCAUCUCAACAUGAGAAAAUGCUUGACACCAGGUAGAUUAUGUCCAGGUUCAAUUUGUAAUCUCCGUUUCAGCAACGUGGACCAGUUGGCCGUUGACACCUUCCUCACAUGGGCUCCUCCGGCCCUACAGAACGGCCUAGUCUUUUGGAAAUGUACAGCUCUAACGAUUCCACAUAUUUGCAAUCUGAAUGUAAACGAAGCUUCUCGGGCAAACGCAUGCGCUUCGUGACUGCGAUGUCGGAACGCCUUGGACUGGAUAU